GACCCUUUUGCUCGAAUUACAGUUUAAAUUUCAGUGCGCGCGCCUGCUCCACACGAAAUAGUCAUAAAACGGACGAGUUACCGCGGCUGGUUAGCAGUCGGCCUUCUCUUUAUAAAAACAUUCUAACCGCUAACAAAAGAGCAGGAUGUCGGACGAAAAGCCAAAGGAAGGAGUGAAAACGGAGAACGACCACAUUAACCUGAAGGUAGCAGGUCAAGAUGGCUCGGUGGUACAGUUUAAAAUCAAAAGGCACACUGCACUCAGCAAACUCAUGAAGGCUUACUGUGAACGACAGGGGCUGUCAAUGCGUCAGAUAAGAUUUCGGUUUGAUGGGCAGCCCAUAAAUGAGUUGGACACACCUGCACAGUUGGAAAUGGAGGACGAGGACACUAUUGAUGUGUUUCAGCAACAGACAGGAGGAGCCUUUUCUUAAGCGGAGUGCAUCCCCACAGUUUGUUUUUGUUUUUUUGUUUCCCAUGUUGUAAUUGUUGUUUGGGAUUUUUAGCUGUUUUAUUUUUCAUUCUGCUGGGAUCAGUGCUGGGCUUUUCACGACAUGCAACAGCAGUUUUUACAUUUCUGAGGGCCUUGCUUUGCAUAUCAGUCUGAUUUUUAACCUGUUUAACAUGAAUAAAUUGUGUCCAGGCAGAGAUGCUAAUCAUACAACAUUGGACCGCAUGGAAAAAUUCACAACAAAUGUGUAUCAUUGACCAGAACUAUACGGCAAGAACCUUUUUUUUGAACAUCAUUUUGUCAGGUUGUCAGUGGCUGACCUACGGGGUGGCCAUGGGCACCCCAGUCACUCUCCGGCCACCCCACUGGCCAUCUUGACAUUUUGGGUAUCAGCUUAUUAGCGCCCUAUGUGAGUAAUGGUCUCACCUUGGCCACCCCAAUGAAACAUUUUGGCUCCGCCACCGCAGGUUGUAGCAAGUGUGAAUUCACAAUAUGAUUAACAAACUCAAUUCACACUUUCUUUUUCUGUCUUUGUUAUAUGCCCUAUUUGAUUUAUUUGUAUCCAUGUUUGCAGAGGGGGAACAUUGCAGAGAAAUAUGUGUAUGAAUGAUGUAUCUCUGUUCCUGGUGUUGCACUCAAAGCAGAUUGAGCUGAGUGAUAAAGUACAGCCAUGUUGCUGGACCAAAAAAUAAACAUUAAAUAAAGUGUGUUCUUUUAUAAAGGGUUUUGCUUUAUGUCAAAUGCAAGAGGUAAUUACUGUAACACUUCCAUUCCCAGGAUUACUCUUAUAAAACACUUCCAUUCCCAGGAUGUUUUUUUAAGAAAAAAUAAACUUUACCUUUUAUGUGA